AUGAGCAAACGCUCAAGCUCAGGAGGCCUUCCUCCAAGCAAAAGAAGACAGAUGGGCCAGGAUUCUCUGGACUUGCUUCUUUCACAUAGCGACGAGCUCAUCCAGUGUCUCCAGGCGCUGACUAACUCAUCUAAGCGCGAAUGUGAAGCGCUGCAGAAUCUUCGCGGACUCAGCAAAACACUCCUACCAGCAUUCAAAUAUUUGGCUGGUGAAGAGCCGUCUCCAAGUGAGCCAGAGAGACUUGAGACAGAGGAAAAAACAACAAACAAUGUUGUCCACUCUGGCCCACCUAUUCCAUCUUUCACUUUUCUCAAACCAUGGACGUCUGCGGACAUAGCCACAUCACUCCCGCCCCUUCCUCAAAUCAAUAAUCCUGUCUUGGAGACGGCAGCUUUUACUCAUCAAGGUAUGGUCAAGAACAAGGGCGACUUGAGCUACGACCGUCUCGAGUGGCUCGGGGACGCUUACGUGGAGUUGUUCUCGACAUGUCUUAUUUUCCAGACUUUUGGGGGCAUGCCCACAGGCAAAUGUGCCCAAUUACGAGAGCUCCUUGUCCGGAACGCCAAUAUUGGGGAGUAUGCUACAAAGUAUGGACUCCUUGAAAGAGCAAUACUCCCUCCGGAGUAUGACCCGAAUAGCCAAGUGAGGAUAAAGGCGAAGCCUCAAGAAGUCAAGAAAGUCAGAGGCGACCUGUUUGAGGCUUACGUCGCCGCUGUAAUUCUCUCCGACCCAGCAAACGGCCUUUCAAGAGCCGCAGAGUGGUUACGGGCGCUAUGGAGUAGGACAAUUCAGGAUCAAAUCCGGGCAGCCGAUAAGAAGCCAGAUGUACGGAUGGUGAAGGAGCUAGGGACUACAUCAGAACCAGCUGAAGUGGUUACGAUAGCCCCAAAAGUCCGCUUGUCACAAACCAUCGGUGCCAAGGGCAUACAGAUUCGAUAUGAAGACAUGCCCAACGGCAAUAAGAAGGAUAAGUACAACAACAAACUGGCCCUGUUUACUGUUGGUGUGUAUUUGGACGGAUGGGGCGAGACGAACAAGCUACUAGGGACAGGCAGCGAUCUCAAUAAGAAAGAGGCGGGGCAAAAGGCAGCACAAGUAGCGCUGAACAACAAAAAACUGAUGAAGGUUUACCAGGAGAAGAAGGCAGCGAUGUAUGCAGCCCUUGGAGAGUCAAUGGAAACCACACCCAAUGCCUAG